AUGGUCGAGGAGAGCCUCAACGCGAUAAUCACAGAUAUCCAGGACGACGUGGCCGAUGGCCUCAACAAUGACGUCAAGCUUGGCACAACGGUUACAAUGGAAGAGAUCAUCGCUCUGGUCCGCGACUUCUACGCGGUCCAUGUCACCAGCUCGUUCCAGUCGCCAGAGGGACCCCCUGCGCUCUGGCGCGAGGAAAUCGCUUUCCAAUACCUCAUUAGCACGGAAGCGGAGAAGGAACAAGAGGAUCUGCAGAGAGACCUUGCACAGGCGCAGAAGAAUGCAGCUCAGGAACUGGCUGAUUUUGAGGCACAGUAUAGCAAGGACCGAAUUGAGCAAAGCGAGCGCCUGAAGAUGCAGAGAAAAGAACUCCAGGAGGAGAAGAAGGAGACCUUCGAUAAAAGGUCAGCGGUAGUCGAAGAAUCCGUUAAGGACCUUGAGAGCAGAAAGUUAGAUAAGGAAGCAUAUUUAAGGGAGAUUGAUAGAAAGGCGGAAGCAGCGCUUAAAAGGUGGAAGAGUAACUUUUAG